UCCGUUCAUAGAUAGAGGGAGGAGCAGGAUUGCCGAGAGAGAGAGAGAGAGAGAGAGAGAGAGAGAGAGAUGGUGAAGAAGGCAGUUCUGGUAGGGAUCAACUACCCAGGCACAAAGGCGGAGUUAAAGGGAUGCGUCAAUGAUGUGAGGAGGAUGCAGAGGUGCCUCGUGGAGCGCUAUGGCUUCGAUGAAGACGACAUCACCAUCCUCAUCGAUACCGAUCCCUCCUCCAAGCAGCCCACUGGAGUUAACAUUCGGCAAGCCAUCACCAACCUCAUCCGGAAAGCUAAACCAGGGGACGUCCUCUUCUUCCACUACAGCGGCCACGGCACCCGGCUCCCGGCCGAGACUGGCGAGGACGAUGACACCGGCUACGACGAAUGCAUCGUCCCCUGUGACAUGAACCUCAUCACUGAUGAUGAUUUCAGGAGUUUCGUGGACGAGCUUCCAGAGGGCUGCCGUUUAACCAUCGUGUCUGAUUCGUGCCACAGUGGAGGCCUUGUGGAGCACACCAAGGAGCAGAUCGGCGAAAGCACAGGCGCCCGCAAGAGGGAGAGUCCAGAGGAGGGGUCGGGCUCCUUGGGCUUCGGCUUCAAAGAAUUCCUGCACCACAAGGUGAAUGACGCCUUGGAGUCACGGGGCAUUCACCUUCCUUCCGACCACCAUCAUAGGCAUGAGCGGUAUGAAGAGGACGUCAAGACAGAGUACGUCGGCCAUGGACACAUCAAAAGCAAGUCUCUGCCGCUUUCGACGCUGAUAGAGAUCCUCAAGCAGAAGACUGGGAAGGACGAUAUUGAUGUCGGCAAGCUGAGACCGGCAUUGUUUGACAUCUUUGGGGAGGAUGCCAGUCCCAAAGUGAAGAAGUUCAUGAAGGUACUUCUUGACAAGCUUCAAUCGAGUGAGGGCGGUGGUGGUUUUAUGAACAUUGUGGGGGGCCUGGCACAGCAAUUCCUGCAGCAUAAGCUUGAUGAAACUAAUGGUGAUUAUGUAAAGCCUGUAGUUGAAGAACAGGUCUACAGCAGCCAAGAAGUGUACGCAGGUUCCAAUAAGAAGGCGCUGCCGCAUAUGGGCAUUCUCAUCAGCGGAUGCCAAACUCACGAGACCUCUGCCGAUGCCAAUCCAUCCGGUCGCUCCAGCGAAGCUUAUGGAGCGCUGAGCAAUGCCAUCCAGACUAUUCUUGCGGAGACAUCAGGUCCAAUCACAAACCAGGAAUUGGUGUUAAAAACCAGAAAGAUGCUCUCUAGACAAGGAUUCUCACAGCAUCCCGGUCUCUACUGCAGUGACAUGCACGCCGACGCCCCUUUCAUAUGCGAUUGAUUGAUUAAGUGUAUGGCUGAAGGUCAGCAAAUAAUGCAUGGAAAGCAUACAAGAGUGUGUUUGUUUUCUUCUUCCUCUUCUUUGUAUUUUCUUGGGUCUUUUUUGUGUGCCUGUGCUUACCAGCUUGCCUUGCUCUGAUGAAUAAAUCAACCAAAGACAGCGUGAAUACCA